UUGUCCAUAAUUUGAUCAUUCAACUCUUAUUCUCACUUACUAGAGCCAAAAUGCCUAUCUCAUCUUAUCUUAUCCAUAUUUUGCUCUGCAUAUUUCUCUUCCUUUUUAGCAUUGAUGGAACACAAGUCAUUCUAGUAAACAACUGCAAGGAAAGCAUAUGGCCCGGGAUUCUCGGUGGUGCAGGGCAGACUACUCUAAAAGAAGGCGGUUUUCACCUCAGCACCGGUGAGCAAAUGGUCCUCGACGUGCCUGAUAAGUGGUCAGGGAGAAUAUGGGGGAGACAGAACUGUCAUUUUGAUGAAAAUGGGAAAGGAAAAUGUGAUACUGGCAACUGUGGUGGCCAGUUACAAUGCCGGGGGCUAGGAGGUGAGCCCCCGGCUACUGUAGUGGAAAUGACACUAGGCUCAUCGACUUCACCCUUACAUUUCUACGAUGUAAGUUUAGUCGAUGGAUUCAACUUGCCAGUGUCGAUGAAACCUGUAGGAGGAGGGGUUGGAUGUGGCGUAGCGGAGUGUGAAGCUGAUUUAAACAUUUGUUGUCCAUCAGCACUUGAAGUGAAAUCUGGAGACAGAGUUGUUGGUUGUAAAAGUGCUUGUUUGGCUAUACAAUCACCAAAGUAUUGUUGUACAGGACAAUAUGCAAAUCCUAACACUUGCAAACCAACUGUUUUUGCUAAUCUAUUUAAAGCUAUUUGUCCAAAGGCUUAUAGUUACGCAUUUGAUGAUUCUUCAAGCCUUUAUACAUGUAGGGCUCCGCGAUAUCUCGUAACAUUCUGUCCUCCAAAGUGAGAGGUUAUUUA